UAUUCAUACUCUUCUGUAAUUAACAUAAAAGUAACAAUGUGUUAUGUUAUGUAGGUCUGAUUUCCCUUUUUGAUCAAAGUUGUCUGGGUUGAGUUGUUCAAAGGGGCUUCAUUGGUUUGUCACAAAGACUUAAUGAGAUCCACAAGGUCGCCAUUUUGUAACCGUACGUCACUUCCUGGUCGCCAUUAUUCGUUCUCGACCUUCGUCGUAGCUGCUACGAUGGAAAACCAUGAGGAUUAUUUGGAUGCAUUGACUGCAUAUGCCAGAACUCCGGAGUCGGAUGUUCCCCCAGUCCUGGACCAGUAUUUGAACGGUGUGGCAAAGAAUGGAGAGACGCUCUUUCAGUGGCCUCUACUGAAACCCCUGAUCGUAGGUAAAAUGGAACAGGUCAUCCGUGAGUUGCGUCAAGGUUUGAGUACUGAGAGUAUCCCGCCAAGACCUAAUGUGGAAAAUGUCCGAUUUGAUGUUAUGCACGCAAGAAUUAUGGAUGCCCUGCAUAAAUUUAAUGGGGCACCCUUUACGAUCCAGCGUCUGUGUGAACUCUUGGUUGACCCAAAGCGACAUUAUAAGCGGAGUGACAAAUUCAUGAGAGGACUGGAAAAGAAUGUUCUGGUUGUCAGUACUGUUGACCCUUUUGGAAGGAAAGUUGUUUCAGAGUCAUCCAAUAAACCCCUUGUCAAUGGCAUGGAUAUCAAUGGCUCUCCAUUCUCCACAAGGGAUCCCCACACUAGUACCCCUUUGCCCCCAGUUCCAGGAUGGGUCACAUCAACGGUUGCCAUGGCAUCACGCUCUCAAAAUAGCCCCUCCCAGGACUCUUCAGAUCACCCACGGCCAACUUCACAGGUUUCUUUGCCGGAGGCAGGAAUCACAUCCAAUGGCGUUUCUGGUGGCCUGGUCAGUUCUCUCUAUGCUGACCAGGGGGAGCAGCCGCUAUCAGUACAUGCAGAGGAAGUUGUUGAAGAAACAGUAGUCACCAUGGACACCAAUGAGGUAGCUAAUGUUGCCACAGACGCGGGAGAAAGCUUGGCAGAGGAAGAAGAGGAGGAUGAAGAAAUGGGAGGGGAAGACACCAACGCAUCAUCAUCGUCGUCAUCUUCUUCAUCUUCUUCUGAGGAAUUAUCAGCAACAGAAACAAGUGAAAAUGGUGCUCCAGCCCUCAGUCCAAAGGUGAGCUCCUCUACUGAGUCACCACCACAGAGUCGACCAUGGGCGGCCAUCGCUGACGAGGGAGAGAACGAAAAACUCACAGAGGGCGAAAGUCCUUCAAAGAAGAGUCGCACUGCCACAAGUCCAGAUGCUUCUGACACCCGUGAGUCACAGGAGAAUUCAGACUCUUCCUCCUCCACAUCGCCACCUCAGUCUUCACCACCAUCGUCAAAACUAGAUGAGGUCUCCUCCCCAUCCUCUGUGAAGCAGGACUCUAGCCAGGGCCAGCCAGCAGCAGCGGGCGCAGCACUGUCCUGGCAGUCGAUCAGCACCAGCCCCGACGUUGCCGACCCGCCCGAGGCUUCAGGGUCCACCUGCACGUGCAGCACCAAUGUUCCUACACAAGCCUCUUCAGAGGACAGUUUUGGCUUCGACACAGUCACGACUUCUUCCUCCACGGUGGCUGAGGAGGAGACUGUGACAGACUCCACAACAGGCGAGACACCCGAUGCGGUGGAAGAAAGCGUCGGCUCUGAUAAUGCCAACGAGUCGGAAGCUACAUUAAGUACUUCAUCAUCUUCAUCGUCAUCAUCUUCAUCAUUGUCUGAAAGUAAGAACACGUCGGGACCUGAGUCCUUGGUGUCUUCAGCCCCAGCCUCUGACGAGGGGCAGGUAUGUAGCAGUCCACCAAAGUCUGAUCCGAGUGUGUGUGAAACUGUGUGCUCAACUGAAGCAGUAGCCUCAUCCACUGACACCCCAUUGACUGCCUACAGUAGCAGCAGCAGUAGCAGUAGUGCCCAGAGCAGCAUGGAGUGCGACAGUGUUGCUGGCCUGGAGAGACUUGUUGGCUCCGUGGAACCAUCUUCGGUGUCCUCAUUAUCGUCACAGCCAGCAUUUUCCCAACCCUCAUCGUCAUCGUCGUCAUCAUCCUCGGUCCCCCCCAGCCAUCCCACGAAUGUUUCUGACAGCGGACUCCCUACCCAGUCGGGUGACCCAGCCUCGCCGCCAAAGAUGGAGAUGUCAGAACAUAUAGAGUCCGAGGCAGAGUGCGACAAGCAGACGGACAGCUCAGACUCUGCCUCAGACUCCAGCAGCCAGUCUUGCCUGCCACAACAGACGACGGAGGAUGAAACGAUGGAGGCAGCAGUUUCUGACAAAGUCACAGUAGUCAUGGUUUCAGAGCCUGAAGAUUCCGGGCACGUGGAUUCCACGGCGGACACAACAUCGGAGAACGUAGAGGUGGGCUCGGACUCAACAGGCUCUGAUGCGGUCGAUGGGGAACUUUCCACUGUGAGCUCAGAGCUGGGAGGCGGGGACUGCAAAGCUGAGGAGGGAGAGGAACAUUCGUUAUCUCCGCCGUCACAAAGAUCGUCGUCGGACAGUCUCGGGUUUGAAGUGUGUGGCGACAGCCUCAACAAGUCUGUAGGGGAGGACAAGGAACCCGAGGAUGAGUCGGCAGCUGUCGAGAAGGCGUCGGAGAGCAGCGAGGAUGUCUCGCAGAUGGACUCAGAAGACCCGGGCCACGAGCCCAUGGACCAAGUGUAAGACCUAUCCCUGUGUGACAGGUGGUUUAACUUAAGCUCCAAUAGCAAUGCACUACUGGGACCAUUAUUGUAAACAGUGUGUUGACAUCCAGAUUAAAAAAAAUUUGCGACAGUCAUACUUCCACCCUCGCUGCUCUGUUCCGGUGGGCCUGAGAAAGGAAGCUUCCGGGUGUGCCUGAAGGACUCGCAACUGAAUGUGCAGGGCAUAGGUGAUGUCCCACAAAUAUCCAAGUUCCAGUGUAGUAGCCUAGGGCUCUGUCGUUGGAUGAGGUCAGUCUGCUAGAGUGCCAAGAGACCCGUGCUACUGAUAAGCUUUACCUUGAAGCAGAUUUCCUUCCCUUCGACGGUCCAGACAAAGAGAUGAGAUCUUGGUUGCAUGUACUUUUCAGUGAUAAGACCUGGGCAUUUUGGUGAAAAAAUUGUCAGUGACAAGUACUGAACCCCACCCCAUCCACUGCAGUAUUUCAUAUUUGGACAGAUUUGCGCAAUUGUUAAUGAAAACUUUUUUUUUCUUUACUUUGUAGAGCAGUACUUUCUUUGUAUUGAAAAUGGUUAUGGGUACGUGAAAAGGAAGUUGUAAAACUAACGCUUCUACUGUUUAAUUAAAAAUAGUACAUUUUUCCCCAGCUAGUUGGGCCUCAAAUCUGGUCUUGCUGUUACAUAGCUAGGUUGUAUCGCUGUACAAAAUGAACUCAGUUCCCCGCGACACAUGUAUAUCAAUCGAGAAGCUUGUUAUGAUGUUUUCUUCUUUGAAAUAAUGGCCGUAUGUGAUAUUGUUCUUUGUCUUGUGUCACAUGAAUAUUGUAACAAGAACUUGUUUUUUAAUUUCCCGUGCUGUAACAGCAAAGACCUAUUUUGUGUUCCCUCUGUGUGUGGUAUAGAAAGUAAUGACAGUGUUAUUAAGGGAAAGAAAAGCAGAGUAGUUGAGGUUUAAUUAGAUUGAGGAAAAUGGCAUUCCUAUGUACUUGAGCAGUAAAGAUGUGAAAAUGAUGCAGUUUUCGGCACGGGCACACACUUAUCGUAAUAUUUCCAGUACUUUGUCUUUCAAUGUGACUGCUCCCCCCCGCCCACUCCAUCCAUGUACGGUAAUGUUUUUGCAGCGCGA